AGUCAGCUCGGCGGUGAUACGCGCCAAAUUUCGAACCACGUUAACGGCUUUUGCUGCGAGUAUACGCUUCAUAUGACUUGCACGUGCAGUACAUAUUCCAUCUCACCAUAAAGCUAUACCUCGAUCUCCAUUUCAUCUUGCAUAUUGUUCGAACUAAAGACAAUUGAGCGUGAAGCAUGUCAUCCUCUGAGUCUGAGUCUGAAGAGGUUAACAAGUUUGCAUAUGCAUAUGUAAAAUUUUAUGAUGACAACGUGAAGUGCACUGUAAAAACUGCGGACAUCAAGAAGUUUCAGUCACGCUACCACAAACCGGGGAAUCUGUACAUGGUGAAGUGGACGCCGAAGGCUAAGCCGAAGGCUCAGGCAAAGGACGGCGAGGCGAGGGGGUGACAGCGGCGGCUGUGCCUAGUACUACUAAAGAGGAAAGAGCUACAGCAGGGUAUUACAGGGCCCAGAUUCUGCUACUAGCUGACUCGGAAGCAGAAAUUAAACGCCGUCUAGAGCACGGGAGAAGGCUCCAGGUGCCAAAAAUCCUUGAUUCUUCGGUGGAGGAGACCGACGAAGAGGGGGGCAAACCGGGCAAUCACACAAACAUUGCCAAUGUGCCGGCGGCAGCAGCUCUGCAGAAGAAAAUCAGAGCUGCACAAACAACGGGUAAAAGAACCGCGCUCGAUGCCAUCCUUAAGCAAAAGAUGGAGGCAAAAAAGCGAAAAAUUUGCUACUGCUACUUGCCCACGACCAUCACUACCUCCACCACAACCACCGAAACCACAAGAACCACAUGAUGCAGCAGUAGAAAGCAGCCUGGUACAAGUGGUAGCAAGUCUCAGGGCUGAAAAGGCCAUUCUGAAAAAGAAGCUACAUGAAUCAGAAGCCCGCAACAGGAGGCUUCAGGGGGAGCUCCUUGAUAAGAUUCCAACGCUCACCAAAGAGAUUGCCUCUUUGGUUAACAGGUUCCCUCGCCCCCCUGUGCCUGUGUCAGCAGCUGCUCGACAGCUCUCGAGGCCUCCAGCCACGCCCUCUCCCAAUAGAGAACAGGAAGACAAAGAUACCCCUCGCACCUUCACCCAAACCCUACUAGCUGGAUCAGCAUCUAACAUGUGCAAGUUGACUCCGUUGAACGCGGCUCCCAGGACUCAAAACAGCGCAGCACACCCAAGUGGCCAAUCAUCACCCUCGCUGAACGCAGCUCCCAGGACUAAAAACAGCGCAGCACACCCAAGUGGCCAAUCAUCACCCUCGCUGAACGCAGCACCGAGGACUCAAAACAGCGCAGCACACCCAAGUGGCCAAUCAUCACCCUCGCUGAACGCAGCUCCCAGGACUCAAAACAGCGCAGCACACCCAAGUGGCCAAUCAUCACCCUCUGCAACAAUCACACUUGGUCAUGGAGUGGAGGUCCAUCGCUCCAUGAUGGACCUUAUAAAAAGGCAGCAAAAACACAGCCUUUUUAUCAAGGACCUUGCUGUGGCCAUUUUUGGCCGCGCAACGCUUGCUACAAGCUCGGUGGAUGGGAAAAAGAGUCCUCGGCAUGCGAAGCUGCAGGACCAUGUAGCGAAGCCAGCCCUCGAUCCUCUGAAGCUGGAUGUGCUCAAAGGAUGCUUCACUGAGCGACUUCAGGACACUAACUUAUCAGAAGAUGAGAAGCGCGAGGAGCUCAAAAAAAUAAAACGCUACCUCGCUGAAAAGAUCCAGGAUUUGUGUAGGGUCCGGUGAAAAAGUAAUCAUAAGUAAUAUAUUUGUAUCAUGCGAUAAAGCUCCACUGUCCUACUUGUAGCUACUUGCUCCUUCUAUAUAGAAAACUUCCCCAAACGGUGCCUGUUGGUCCCCCAU